CGUUCACCCAGAUUACAGUCUUUAGUGAAAACCAGAAAACAUCUCAUCUCUUCUCCUCUAGACAAAUGCACCAACCCACUCGGCACAGAUCUUCCUCACAUUAGAGCAUACAGGAAAUAACCCAUCCUCAUAACUCUGAUAUCUCAGCCUUAGUCAAACCGAUACUUCGGCCACCAUGUCUAAGGAGGAUCUGACCUGCAAGGUCAGCUCUGUGUGCAAACACAAAGAACGCAAGCCUAAGAAGCCCCAUUACAUCCCACGGCCAUGGGGGAAGCCCUACAACUACAAGUGCUUCCAGUGUCCCUUCACCUGCAUGGAGAAGUCCCACCUCUACAAUCACAUGAAGUAUAGCUUAUGCAAGAACUCCCUGUCCUUGCUGAUUGAGUCUGACUGGCCCUACAAGAAGGGCAACCUCCUACACCCAGAGCAGCUCCGCCCACUGCAGAAGGGGCCUCGCCUCCGAGGGGCCAACAGAGACGAGGCCGAGCCCCUCUCGGGUCCCGAGGACCGUUCAAAAUCAGAGCGGUCAGAGGUCACUUUUGCCAGAGAGGCACAAGAGGAGGCAGAAGAACACAGUGAUCGGGAGACGGGCAACAGAGAGAGAGCGGAAGAAGACUCAGCCACAAAAGAGACACCGGGCGAAACUGACAGCCCCGUCAGAGGCAGCACAAAGAGAUGUAAGCAGCCAGAGACUGACUUUGUGAUCACUGAUGUCUUCUCCCUGGAGGACCAGCUCCUCAAAGCUCGGUCAGUAGAGGUCGAGGCAAAGCUGAAGCACUACAAGCUCUCCAAGACAUGUCUGACCGGCCCCAGCCUUCUCUCUGAGCAGUGGCGUCUGCUGGCCACCAGUCACAGGAAGGCAAAAUCAGAGAGUGCACCGCCCAACAUUGGCUCUAUUCCCUGUUACCCUCCACCACCUUCCUUCACUGACUGUCAGGACCCACCUGGACUGAACCUGUCUGUCUUGGGGGUCAGUUACCCGCUGAGCCCGGGCCUUUUCUCCUAUGUGAACCCCGCAGUCCCCGGUGCAGCCCCAGCCCAUGCCCAGCUCACCCAGCUCCCCUUCCUGACUUCUGCCGCUCAGCUCAUGCAUCCAGGCUCCAGCUCACUCCCACACACGGACAGGGCCCUUCUCCCUCCGCGCUUCUACUACCCUCUCCUCUGCGAGCAUGCAUUUGGGGCAGCCCAGGUGGACGCCAGCAAAGGAGUCAAGUCGUCUCUGUCUCCUCCGGCUAACCUCGAUCCCAAGUCCCCUCCCAGCUACCCGCCAAAGAUCAACCUGUGGAAGGUCCCCGCUCUGCGACCUAGUCCCAUGGCGCCCUCCGCUGCCUGGGCAUCCCACCAGCACAUGACGGUGUCACCAGAGGUCAGUUACAGAGCGGUGGAAGAGAAGCUUCAAGCUUCAGCCAAGGAGGCAAAGAAUAGCUGGGGUCUCAAGUCUGCUCUGGAUGUGCCCCAAGUCAGAGAGCAGGGCAGCAAGAGGACGGGGGCCCCACUUGAGCCACACGAGGGUCCAUCAGAAAAGAAGCCACCACUGGGAUAUAGCCCGGAUGUCCUCAAGAACAUGCGAACCACUCCACCCAUCUCCAUAGCAACCAACAAGCUGCUCCAUGCUAGCAGUUUUCGAACUGCCCAGCAACAGUCCAGAUCUCUGGAAGACUGGCACACAGAUGUUAUGAAGAGUCCCCCAGAGAGCCUAGACAGUGAGGUGUCUCCUGCGUUGAAGCCUGGUAAGGUUGCCGAGAGAGCCAGCUGCCCUGAGGGUGACGGGAAUAAGCUGGGGGAGCGGGACCCAGAGUCAGCCGCGGUACUGCUCAGCGACCUCUCCAAGGCCUUGCAGGAGUACCAGGAUGCUGAGCGUAAGAUCUCCCAUCUGGUGAAGGAGGACAUCCCAGGACAGCACCACCUCUGGGAGCACCUGUGCAAGAUCCGCAGCGAGCUCUCCCACAUCCAUCAGGCGCUGGAGAAGACAGCUCGCCAGAAUGAAGGACCCCUAGAUCUCUCUGUAAAGAGAGACCUGGGAGCAACCGGAGAUGGAGGCAUCCAGUGCACAGGUGAGGUCAUAAAGGGAGGUGUCACCGGAGAGACGGAGGAGGAAGAGGAAAUAGAAGAGGAGGAGGAGGAGGAAGAGGAGGAGGGAAGUGAGACGGAGGGGAAGACAGCUUCUUUGGAAAGCCGCAAACAGUCACUGGACAUCCUCAUCAAGAUGAACCGCACAGGGCUGUCUGAGCCCAGUAUUGGAGCCAUGGUGAAGGCUGAGGUGCUGUCACCCAGCGCUCUGGGGCUACGGCCCACCCCCCAAGAAGCCCUGUGGCCCAGCAGGACCACCAAGUGUGAGGCUGACUCCAGUGUGCUGCUGUGUCCUGAUGGACGUCCUCUGGUCUUCACUGACUUCACCCCCAGUGCCAAGAACCUGAAGAGGCCUUCAUCCAGAGAGCACCUGGGGGAGACACUGUGCCCCCCUAGCCCCCUCACUGCCACUGAUUCCUAG